CCUUUGAAUGCACGUGCGGUGCCGCCCCCGCACCGCGCUGGUAACGCCGCGUUCCGCCGAUGUUCCGGUACCGGCCGGGGGGGUCCGGAGCUCCGCUCUCCCCCCUCGGAUGGCGCGACCCCCGGGGUUGAUCCGGCUCGUUGUGCUGCUCCUCACCGCCGCCUCCUCCGCACCCCGACGGCGCUGCGGCCCCAUAGGUGAGUAUGGGGACACGGUGCUGGUCCGGCCCGGUGCCAACGUGACGCUGCUGUGGCGAGACCCGGAGCCCCCCAACGGCACCGUGCUGUGGUCCGGACGGGCGGGGGGCGCUGGGGGGGCCACGAUGCUGCUUGGCUGAAGGGGGCUGCGGCCGGAGAGCGGCCGGGCCGGUCCAGCUGUACACCUGGGGGGGCACACGGUGCGGACCGUGCGGCUGCUGGUGGAAGCAACCUCCGUGCCCUGCAGAGCCCUCCCGGCCCCCCCAGGUCUUACUGUUUUCCGACGUAGCCAUGACAAAGAUGUGGCUUGCGAGUGGAAGCCACGAGCAUCCCCGGCUCCAGGCACACGGGCUGUGCUGUGGGUGAAGCGCAGGUGAGUGGGAGAACGUGACAGAGCAGGCGGCUGCCAUUUCUACCCACGGGCGCAGAAGUUUGUCUGUAGGGUGAAGGUUCCGCCUGGUACCGAUGACACCAAAGCCCUCGUGGUGUCCGUCUGCAUCAGCAGCCGCGCAGGGAGCAGCACCGGGGAGGAUCGGGCCAACACCUCUAACCCCACAGUGAAGCCGGACCCCCCCCUUAACGUGACGGUGGAGGCAGUGGAUCAUUCCCCACAACGACUGCGGGUUCUUUGGAGUUACCCCCCCUCUUGGGACCCCCGAUUCUAUUGGUUGCGUUUCCAAGUGCGCUACCGCCCCGAGCCGGCCCCAACCUUCACCCAUGUGGACCAGGUGACACGGACCUGGUUGGAUAUAAGGGAUGCCUGGAGGGGGACGCGGCACGUGGUGCAGGUGAGGGCACAGGAGGAGUUUGGGCACGGAGCUUGGAGUGAAUGGAGCCAGGAGGCGGUGGGCACCCCCUGGACAGAGCCCUGGGAUGUCACUGAGAUGGGGCCCUACAGCUCGCAGUUCCCUGCUGAGGAUGAUCCCUAUGGCUACGGGGCCACGUUGCCACCCGAGCUCUUUGCUGAUGACGCUGCUGAUGGUGCUGGUGGGGCUGUGCUGGAGGCCACCGCCCGCUCCCCCACAUCCCCCUAUGCCCUCCUGGUGGCGGGGGGCAGCCUGCUGUUGGCCAUCGCCCUCUGCUUCGCCAUA